CCCUCAUUGAGAUACUACAGACAGUGAUCGAAUUAUCGACAACGUUCACUUCAACUUGCGGACCGUCAACUUGCGGACCAUCAACAUGUCCAUCAAACAGUGCUGUCUCGAAGGCUUCAAAUGGGAGGGGGAACCUGUCGGCCGCAUCGAAAAGCUCGAGGGUGCGGAUGUGUAUGUCACUGGCGAAAACAACAAGGCUGCGAUCCUCGUCGUUCCCGAUCUCUACGGCUGGUCAUUUCCCAACGUCCGGCUGCUUGCGGACCACUACGCCCAGGAGGCCAAUGUGACCGUCUACGUUCCCGACUUUUUUGCCGGCGAGGUCUUGCCCCUUGAUCUUCUCUUGGCUGAGCGAUAUGCCGAAAUUGAUUUUGCGGGUUUCAUGGCCCGGAAUUCCCGAGAUAUCCGCGAGCCGCUCAUCUUUGCCUGUGCGAAAACUCUCCGCGAGAGGCACGGCAAGCUCGGGGCCGUCGGCUUCUGCUAUGGAGGGUGGGCAGCCUUCCGGCUCGGGGCGCGAGAGCAUCAGCCGCCUCUGGUAGAUUUCAUCACAGUAGGCCAUCCAUCGCUCCUGACGACAGCGGAUAUCGACGGGGUCGGCGUGCCUGUGCAGGUGCUUGCGCCAGAGAUGGAUCAUGUGUACACGGCGGAACUGAAGCUGCAUACUUUCCAGACUCUACAGUCGUCUGGCUUGCCAUUUGACUAUCAGCAUUUUCCAGGCGUCGCGCAUGCGUGUCUCGUGAGAGGAGAUGGGAAGAAAGAUGGCGAACGAGCCGCGAUGGCCAGAGGCAAGAAUGCAGCAGUAGCAUGGAUGGGACAGUUUUUACGCGACGAGUGAGAGUACACCAAUACUCCAGCGUGUUGACAAGUGCUGCAAUGUCUCGCUUGGCCUUUUCUCUACUGGUAGAUCAAUAAUGACAUAUAUUUAUUGCCAU